AGCCAUCGAGCAAUUGUCUUAUUGCUCGAUGGCCCUAGCUAAGCUAAGCGAAUAGACAAUACUGUUUAUUUUGCACUUUGCAGUCUGUUUACAAAAUGUCUGUUCGAAAAAAACGGCUGAUAAUAUUUUUUGAUGAAAAGUCUUAUCCGGGGUAGAAUUUGUGGAUUUCGUAAAAAAACUACUAUUUUAUUUAUCAGCUGUGUGUUGACUGUGUUGUGAUAAAAUGAUUUAUUAAUCUUCUAAUGUGUUAAGAUUUUAUCUAGUAGCUUUGGUAAAUUUUAACUACAUAGACAGACACAGCAUUUAUAUUCUAAUGGGAGUUGAUUCUUUAUAAAACAAAACAGAGUUAGUGGUUACAUGUUACAAAAUUAAUCAUAAUUAUAGAAACAUUAACUUUUAUAAUGGAUGCAGCAGUCACCAGAGAACAUGUAGAAACAAAACAGAAUGCACAUAAAUCUAAUAACACAAUUGAAACUGUAUCAUCAAAUCAAAUCACCUGUAUCAAAUCACCUGAACCAUCAACUUGUAAUAAUAGUUAUCCAAAUGCAAUAGUUGCUCUGAAUUGUAUAAAAAAGGGAUUAAAAUAUAAAUUGGUUGGCCAAUGGGGUUCUAGUCAUGAACCAAUUUUCAAAAUGUGUGUUCGUCUUAAUGGUAAAGAAUAUUAUGGAAUUGGAAAAUCAAAACAAGAAGCUAAACAUAACACAGCUCGAAGAGCAUUGGAAUCUAGUCAGUGUGUCAAAGAUGAGACUAUAAGUAACCAAAAGGCCCAUAAAUCUGGUAAUACCAACCCAUUAAAUUAUUAUGGAAUUGGAAAAUCAAAACAAGAAUCUAAACAUAACACAGCUCGAAGAGUAUUGGAAUCUCGUCAGUGUGCCAAAGAUGAGACUAUAAGUAACCAAAAGGCCCAUAAAUCUGGUAAUACCAACCCAUUCAAAUAUUAUGGAAUUGGAAAAUCAAAACACGAAGCUAUAUAUAACACAGCUCGAAUAGCAUUAUUGGAAUCUAUUCAGAGUUCCAAAGAUGAGACAAUAAGUAGUCAGAAUGUCCUUAAAUCUGGGAAUAGCAACCCAUUAAAUUAUUAUGGAAUUGGAAAAUCAAAACAUGAAGCUAAACAUAACAUAGCUCAAACAGCAGUGGAAUCUAUUCAGUGUUCCAAAGAUGAAACAAUAAGUAACCAGAAUGUCCAUAAAUCUCAUAAUACCAACCCAUUAAAUUAUUAUGGAAUUGGAAAAUCAAAACAUAAAGCUAAACAUAACACAGCUCGAAGAGUAUUAGAAUCUAUACACUGUUCCAAAGAUGAAACAGUAAGUAAUCAGAAUGUCCAUAAAUCUGAUAAUACGAACCCAUUAAUUAAAACUGUAAAAUCACCUGAACCAUCAACUUGUAACAAUGGUUAUCAAAAUGCAAUAGUUGCUUUGAAUUGUAUAAAAAAGGGAUUAAAAUAUAAAUUGGUUGACCAAUGGGGUUCUAGUCAUGAACCAUUUUUCAAAAUGUGUGUUCAUCUUAAUGGUAAAGACUAUUAUGGAAUUGGAAAAUCAAAACAGGAAGCUAAACAUACAGCAGCUACUAGUGCACUGGCCUCUAUUCAAUUUUCCCAAAAUAAGACUACAACAUCUAACCAUUCUGUACUGGAAUCUAAUGAAAACAUAGCAAAAGGAACACUAAAACCUUUUUCCAUGACAAAUUUUCAGACUAAUUUAAAUGGAAUCCAAUAUAAACCAGAAUACGAGUUGUAUGCAGAUGACUGUAGUGGAGUAAUUCAGUCGAAUAAUUCUGAACACCCUAUUUCAGUUUUAAACAGAUUAAGAAGUGGAUUAGAAUAUAAAUUGGUAGAUGUAUGGGGUUCUUACCACAAACCGUUUUUUAAAAUGUGUGUUGAAUAUAAUAAUUCAUAUUAUUAUGGAAUAGGGAAUUCUAAAACAGAAGCAAAAUACAAUGCUGCUGUAAGUGUUCUAACAUCAAUACAGUCUCCAACCAGUUCGGUAAUAAACUCACCACCCAAUGGCGAUAAUAAUAAUUACAGUCUAGAAAAAAAUCCAAUAUCAGCAUUAAAUGAAAUAAAAGGAAAUGUGAAUUAUAGUGUUACUGAACUUUAUCCUAUGUUUAAGAUUUGUGUUGAAGUAGAUGGUAUAAAGUAUUAUGGAAGUGGCACUACAAAGCGAUCUGCAAAAUAUGAAGCUGCAGCAACAGCAUUAAAAAAUAUUUCCACUUCAGAUGUUAUAAGUACAUCAGAUGAUAUCAAAAACAAAUUAUUUAAAAAGUCUUCAGUUAUUUUGAGUGAACUAUAUCCUUCUGUUAAUUUCACAUAUACAGAGGAUUUAAGUGACCCUUAUGCUAGGUUUCAGGUUACAAUAGACAUUAAUGGUGACACUUUUACAGGAACUGGAAGUAAUAAGAGCUCAGCAACAGAAGCUGCUGCCACUGUUGCUUUAAGUAAAUUGAAAAAUUAUACUGGUGGGAAUACACCUACUUUUUCCUCAAAUCCCGUACAAGAUCAACACUUAUCUGAUACUAUUGGAAACCUAGUGAAAGCAAAGUUUAAAAAUUUAAUGUCAAAUGAUUUGAUCCAUUCUAAACGUAAAGUUCUUGCAGGUAUUGUGAUGACGAAAGAUUCAGAUAUUUCAACUGCUGAAGUAAUAUGUGUGGCAACUGGUACAAAGUGUAUCUCUGGAAAGAAUAUAUGUUUAAGUGGAACCGCACUCAAUGAUAUGCAUGCAGAAAUUUUAUCCCGAAGAUGUUUACUUUUCUACUUUUAUGACCAGCUAGAUCUGCUACUCUCUGAUAGUACUAGUAAAAACUCGAUAUUUGAACCAAAGAUUUAUGGGAAUGGUUAUAGCUUAAAGGAAGGAAUUGAGUUUCAUUUAUAUACAAGCAAAUCUCCUUGUGGCGAUGCCACUAUUUAUAAUAGCGGAAUAUCAAAUCUGACAACUUGUGGUCUAUUAAGAAGUAAGUUAGAAUCUGGCGAAGGUUCAAUACCUGUUAAAGAUCCAGUCAUUCAAACUUGGGAUGGAAUUAAACAGGGAGAACCCCUGAAGACUAUGUCCUGUUCUGAUAAAAUUUGCAAAUGGAACGUCUUGGGAUUACAAGGAUCUCUUUUGCUUCAUUUUAUUGAUCCUGUCUACUUAAGGUCAGUGGUAGUUGGCAGCCAAAUGAAUAAAGAGCAUUUAAGUAGAGCACUUUACGGAAGGAUUGUAGAUAGAUUAGAUGACUUACCGCCACCAUUUCGCAUAAAUAAACCAGAUAUGUUAAUGGUAACAUCUAUUGAGGAACGCAUACCAAAAAGUGCUCCAGAUUUUUCUGUGAUUUGGUUUUUGGGCAUGAAAGAACCUGAAAUAUUGAUAUGUGAUAUGGGAACUGGAGGCAAUAAGAGCUCAGCAACAGAAGCUGCUGCCACUGUUGCUUUAAGUAAACUGAAAAAUUAUACUGGUGGGGAUAUACCUACUUUUUCCCCAAAUGCUGUACAAGAUCAACAUUUGUCUGAUACUAUUGGAAACCUGGUGAAAGCAAAGUUUAAAAAUUUAAUGUCAAAUGAUGUGAUCCAUUCUAAACGGAAAGUUCUCGCAGGAAUUGUGAUGACGAAAGAUUCAGAUAUUUCAACUGCUGAAGUAAUAUGUGUGACAACUGGUACGAAGUGCAUCUCUGGAAAGAAUAUGUGCUUAAGCGGACACGCACUUAAUGAUAUGCAUGCAGAAGUUUUAUCCCGAAGAUGUUUGCUUUUCUACUUUUAUGACCAGCUUGAACUGCUACUCAAUGGUAGUACUAGUGAAAACUCGAUAUUUGAACCAAAGAUUUGCGGAAAUGGUUAUCGGUUAAAAGAAGGAAUCGAGUUUCAUUUAUAUACAAGCAAAUCUCCUUGUGGUGAUGCCACUGUUUAUAAUAGCGGAGGAUCAAAUCCGACAACUUGUGGUCUAUUAAGAAGUAAGUUAGAAUCUGGCGAAGGUUCAAUACCUGUUAAAGAUCCCAUCACUCAAACUUGGGAUGGAAUUAAACAGGGAGAACCUCUGAAGACUAUGUCCUGUUCUGACAAAAUUUGCAAAUGGAACGUCUUGGGACUACAAGGAUCUCUAUUGCUUAAUUUUAUUGAUCCCGUGUACUUAAGGUCGGUGGUAGUUGGCAGCCAAAUGAAUAAAACGCAUUUAAGUAGGGCACUUUACGGAAGGGUUAAAGAUAUAUUAGAUGACUUACCGUCACCAUUUCGCAUAAAUAAACCAGAUAUGUUAAUGGUAACAUCUAUUGAGGAACGCAUACCAAAAAGUGCACCAGAUUUUUCUGUGAUUUGGUUUUUGGGCAUGAAAAAACCUGAAAUAUUGAUAUGUGAUAUGGGUAAACCAAAACAAAGUAUUUCCACGAUUUGUAAACAUAGUUUGGCUAACAGAUAUGCCUUAUUAUAUGGACGAUUAUCCAGAAUUUCAAAGGACCAAAAUUUACCACUAACUGUAUCAGACGCUAAAGAAUGUGUGGUUAAUUAUUCGGCUGUGAAAAAAAUAUUUUUUGAAGCUUUUCAGAAAGCUGGUUUAGGAUAUUGGAUAUCUAAACCUAUGGAACAGAACAUGUUUAAUAUUUUUCCUAAUUUUUAACAUAAUAUAUCUAUUUUCUAACAUUGUUUGUAUACGUUUAAUAUACAUUGUAAUAAUUUUUAUUCAUUUACAAAUCUGUUUGUUACAUUUAAGACAAACUAGCUGACCCGGCCACACAUAAACUAAGUAAAACCC